UCGAUGUUGUCGCUGUCGCUGCCUGUUUGCGUGUUUCAUUUAGAGCAAAACAAAUAGAUCCAGCGUGGUGCGGAAUUCUACGAACCAGGAUAAGGAGGGACUUCUCUAUUCACUUGACCCCUCAGACGCCAAGUCCAGUGCCGUUUGCUCUUAACUGGCGCCGCCGCCAGCCAUUAACCAGCUGUUCCUGCAAGUCAUUCAAGUUGUUUGGGUACUGCUUGGUUCGGUUCGCAACCCUCAUUCUCCCAGUUUCACCAUCUUGACGCUCCCUUAUUACGCCUUGUUCUGCCCUUGCGGACGUCCGCAAUCACCUAGCUAUCUACUUCCGUUUCCUUGCCAGGAAUUGUGUUUUGGAGCUGAGAGCAAAUGGGUCCUCUUCGGCUUCGAAUCGAUGGCCAAACCCUGAAAGAUGCGAACAAUCGGGAGAUAACCCUGAGAGGAAUCAACGUCGCCGGAGAGUCGAAAUACCCGAAGAAUCCGGACACACCUUCCUACGUCUCCGAUAGCUUCUUCGACGCCGAUAAUGUCUCAUUCGUUGGUCGGCCCUUUUCUAUUGACGAAGCACACACCCACUUCGCCAGACUACGCAAGUGGGGCUACAACACGAUAAGAUAUAUAUACACAUGGGAAGCGAUUGAGCAUGAAGGGCCCGGGAAGUAUGAUGAUGAAUGGAUUGCAUUUACCAUCGAGGUGCUCCGCGUUGCGAAGCAAUACAACUUCUUCAUCUUCCUUGACCCGCAUCAGGAUGUGUGGUCCAGACUAUCGGGAGGAUCUGGUGCGCCCGCCUGGACUCUCUAUGCGGCGGGGUUCAAUCCCCGAUCUUUUAAGAAGACAGAGGCAGCUCUGGUGCAGAACACAUAUGACGACCCAGCUGAAUUCCCGAAGAUGAUAUGGAGCACGAACUAUACGCGUCUGGUCUGCCAAACCAUGUUUACAUUGUUCUGGGGUGGUCGAGACUUCGCCCCCAAAGCAAUCAUAGAUGGUAUGAACAUUCAGGAUUAUCUUCAGGGUCACUUCAUCGCGGCAUGCAGGUACUUUGCUCAGAAGAUUCAUGAGGCCGGGGAUAUCGAAAACGAAGUAGUCAUCGGGUGGGAGAGCAUGAACGAACCUCAUCGAGGUCUUAUCGGGUUCCAGGAUAUUUCCGUGAUCCCACCCGAUCAACAACUGCAACUGGGCACAUCACCUACCGCUUUCCAGGCUAUGCUCACCGGGUCGGGACGGGCUUGUGAGGAGACAACUUGGGCUUUUGGCGGCUUUGGCCCUCAUCAGACCGGCAGAGAACUGGUAGACCCGGAGGGUGAGUCUGCUUGGCUGCCGGAAGACUACGAUGAUGAGAAGUAUGGCUGGAAAAGAGACCCGGGUUGGAAGCUAGGAGAAUGUCUUUGGGCUCAGCAUGGCGUCUGGGAUCCGUCAUCCGACCAACUACUGCAGAAGGACUAUUUCGCCAAACACCCCCGCACGGGCGAACCCUUGAACUACGACGUAUUUACCAAUACAUACUUUAUGGAACACUAUCGGGCUUAUAGGGACGCUCUCAGGAGCGUUUGGCCCGGCGCAAUCCUGUUCUGCCAACCUCCUGUCAUGGAGGUCCCGCCUGACUUGAAGGGGACGGUGGACGAUGACCCCAACAUGAUCCAUGCGGCUCACUACUACGAUGGUCUCACGUUGCUGACGAAACACUGGAAUCGACUGUAUAAUGUGGACGUGAUUGGGGUCCUUCGUGGCAAAUAUCUCACACCCGCCUUUGCGAUCAAGAUCGGAGAAACGGCCAUCCGCAACUGUUUGCGUGAUCAGCUGAAGUUCUUGAGAGAUGAGAGUUUGAAAUACAUGGGCAACCAUCCCAUGAUCUUCACGGAAAUUGGCAUCCCUUACGACAUGGACGACAAACAUGCGUACAAGACUGGUGACUACAGCAGCCAAGUCAGUGCUAUGGACGCGAACCACUUCGCGCUGGAGGGCAGCACGGCGAACGGUUUCACGUUGUGGCUUUAUACCACCACGAACAAUCAUGAGUGGGGCGACAAUUGGAAUGGGGAGGACCUAUCGAUCUUUUCGAUCGAUGAUUUUGAGCUACCAAGUGGCAAAUACUCUGACCUGGAGACUGACUCUCAGGUGGAAACCGACCCUCACUCACCGGCCUAUUCCGAAAGUCAAGGCAAUCUUCAACAUCAGUCGAUAGGCCCCGACAAUCUGAAGAGUGCACUGUCGGCUCCCUCUAUCAGUUCGGAGUUUAGUCAGUCCAACGAGGACAAGCUCGGGUUCCGUGCGGCGGAAGCCUUCGUUCGACCGAGUCCAAUCUAUACCAAUGGGUUGGUUUCGAAAUAUAUGUUCGACCUUCGAAACUGCACAUUCACGUUGUCGUUGAUCGGAAACGAAAGAACACUGGGUGAGGAGACUGCGACCGAGAUCUACAUCCCUGAGUUUCAUUUCCCCGCAGGGCACACCGUGGUUUCUGUCAGUAGCGGAGAAUGGACCCUUGACUCAAAUGAGAUCAACUCGGUCAAGGUCCAAAGGUUGCGUUGGUGGCAUCCAGUGGGGAAUCAGGAUAUUAAAAUCCAAGGGGUCAAGCGUAAGCCAGGUGAGUCUGUCACCUCGUCGAGUGAUGAGUUGUCGUACCUGGAGCAAUGUCAGAGUAGCGGGUGCAGUAUGAUGUGAUGAGAUGAUGCCCAUCUGCCACGGGUUCUUGGACCCUAUCUUUUGUAUGCAAGCGUGUUCUGGGUGACUUCAAUUUCUUUUUCUUUUCUCUAAUGAUGAGAUGCGUGUUCAUGAUGG